UAAAAGUAAUGGCGGUGAAGCUGCAGGGCCAGGGUGACUGAGAUUUCAAUGUAUUUUUCAGGGUGGAUUUUAGUGUUUUACGACUGAAAACCUGGCCCUGGUAUUGCAGUAUCAGUGUCAAACAGGGCCCUAAUUUACAAUAAGUCUGCUAGUUUUUAGUGGACUCUGCAAUAAUGCCUUCCAAGCUUGAGUUCUACGUCUUUCCGCGCCUCAAGUCUGCCCAGCGCCAGGACUCCAACACCAACCACCAUGACUACAAGAGCGGCGCUACCUUCAGUGGUCAUCUGGACGGCAUGAAGCGGGUCGGCCACGGCACCUUCCUGUGGCCGAAUGGGGACCGCUACACGGGAGAGUAUGCCGACAACCGGCGACAGGGCAAAGGGGAACAGACCUGGGCUGAUGGUGCCCGCUUCAUAGGGCACUUUGUCAGGGACAUGAGGCAUGGUUACGGCGAACACACAUGGGGAGAUGGGGAGAGCUACAAAGGGGACUAUUUCAAGGAUUACAGGCAUGGUCAAGGCACUUACAUCUGGCCAGACGGCUCCAAAUUUACAGGGACCUUCUAUCAGGAUGCUAAAGAAGGCUACGGAGUAUUUAUUUCUGCCAGUGGGAACAAAUUUGAGGGUCUGUACAAAGACGGUGAAAGGCUGGGGCCAGGAGUUCUAACGUACACUGACGGCCACCAGGAUGUGGGCUUGUGGCACAAAGAGAGACUGGUAAAACUCUGCACGCCGAUAGGAGAUGCCUUCACCAUGCGAGAUCAUCCGGAGUUUGAUUACGACCCAGUCGAGCAUCAGAUGACAAUUAAUAUGCACCAGAAAGGAACGGCCCAGUUGGUGAACGGCUUGUCUUUACAGUCAGAUGGAUCAGGUGAUGCCACCGACAGCAUGCGGGACACCAUGGAGAGACUCUCUAGGACUUCCUUCUCAACCGACUUUGAGACUUUUCUCCCAAGCAGACAGGAAAGUGUGGAUCUCUUGACGUUGGAGUACGACAAAGAGGAAUACGACCAAGCCUUCUUCAAGAAGAACUCUUGCCCAGAAGGUGACGGGUCAACAGAGGUCAUUGCCCUCAACAACACUCCAUUUUUCAUCAACAUUCAGAGGCAUGUUUAUAAGCACCGGGCCUGCAAGAAGGAGGUGUCUUUCUCUGUGAUGAAAAUUUUACAUGGUGAUCGUGGAAAGCAUGGAAAGGUGGGUCCCAUCGAGGAUAAUUCCCAACAGCUCCUUCAGGCUGCAGCCGCUGGCGAUCAGCAUACAGUGCACUCAUUCCUCAUGCAGGGUGCCAGCAGUGCUAAUGUGGCCGAUAAGCAGGGUCAUACAGCCCUCCUAGGUGCUGCGGUUAAUAUGCACACUGACAUCAUUAACACCAUAUUGGACAAUGGUGCCAAUGUCAACCAGCUGAAUGACGAGGGUUUGUCUGCACUAGUCGCUUGCCAUAUGCUCUUCUACCCUACCACAUCUUUCCAGUAUAACAUCGCCGAACGUUACCUCCCCUUUCCUGAAAAUGAAGCAAUCCAUAGCCUGACUCUCUGCCCAAUCAAACCGGCUAUGAGUGAGAGAAGCGGGAGUGCCUAUUCAAGUAAGGGUGGAGACUCUCAUUCUGUGGCUAGUCUCAAGACCAAAACCAGAAUUGAGCCUUCUGAAGAGUGCGAAGAUGAUGAUGAAGAGAUAGAUGAUGGUGACCAUGACGAUGAGGAUGAAGUCGAGGAUGAGGGUCUGGAUGACAGAGGGCCGUUUGAAGCACCGACCGGUGACAACCAGGAGGGGGACCUUGGCACCAGAGCUGAGGAGGACCGGAUACCGAGCACAGUGCCCCGCGACUUUGAGUCAGACACCACAGUGGUGAAUUAUGGGAUUGAAGUCACCGAGGAUCUGGUGGAGAGGAGUGCCACUGUAUUGAGUCAUAACAGACGGAUUGUCAGUGGAAGAGACUCCAGUUGUAGUGAGCCCAACAUGGACCAGGCUCGGCUCAGAGCCAUCAUGAAGGCAGAGCAUGCGAACAUGGAAGCCACAAUCCGUCUUUUGCUGAAGCGCGGCGCAGACCCUAAUGCAUCCUCGGUGCCCAUGCCAGUCAUCUUCUUUGCCAUCAAGGCUGCUGAUGUCAACGCAGUACAGGCCUUACUGGAGAAGGGUGCAUAUACUGAUAUUAGACUGUCCCACAAGAAAGAGGGUCUGGCACCCUUGCACAUAGCCAGUGCAAUCCGUGGGGAAGAUGGAGUACAGAUCACCAGACUACUCCUGGGAGCAGGUGCUCAUCCGAAUGUUCGUUCCCAAGACAAUGACUUAGAACACGAAGAGGACAUCUUGCCUGGUAGUGCUAAUCCAGUAAAGAUACGACCAGGUCUGGAUGAGAGUGUAUCAGUCCUUCUGCAUGAACUAGAAGAGAGGGGUGAGCACAAGGGUGGACGGACCCCAUUACACAUUGCCUGCGACAGAGAUGACAACGAUGAGCUUGCAAGACAAGUUGUUCAUCUUCUAUUGGAGCACGGCGCCAAUCCCAAUGUGCUUUGCUGCGGGCAGUCACCACUCUCAUUGGCCAUCGCCAGCGGCAACGAUCUGGCUAUUGAUGAGCUGUUAUCCUACGAUGCAAACCCAAGUCUUCCUCUUGGUACUGGCAUUGGCAGUGCCUUGUGCGUUUCAGCCAACACGGCCUACGAGUUCAGAAGAACACCACAACAGCGGAUAGCCCUGAUUGAUAAGCUGGUGAAGGCAGGAGCCAAUAUCUUAGCACCCAUACAGGUGGGAGGGAAAAAAGUGAUGGGAACAGCCGUGGAUUAUGCUUACUGGAUGUUCAAUCAGGAUCGUCGCAUAGCACACAUGCCUUAUCAUGCCCUGACGCACUCAGAACGAGACACUUACAAUGCUAGACGCAAGCUCCUAGCUCACCUGGGGGACAUACUGCGAGAAGCGGCCGUCAGGAGAGAGCGAGAGAGACUGGAGAUGGAAGAAUUAGGUGGAGUCAGGAGUACAAGCCCUAGUCAAGGCUUUCUGUACACUGGUGCCGGUGCCAAACCCCAGCAGGAGGGCACCAGCCGACCCAAAACUCUCAGGCAAGGGGCUAGGGGUGAGAGCCCCACCCCGAGGAGUGCUGAGGGCGGAGAGGGCGGCAAACAGGUGGCCUUCAGGUCAAUCACUAAGGACAGCUUAGGGUUAGAGCAACCCCUAGUGGACAAGGAUGACAAUGGUACAGUCAGGAGGCAAAUCCGCAGUGACACCACUGUUCUAACAGUUGAUGUAAAGGGCUUCAACACGCAGGCCGUCAAACGGCUUUUACAGACGAAGAAGUUACGCCACAGGAAGCCUCUAUUCAAAUAUUGUUAUGAGUGUGGACGCUGUUUAGGCGUGCGGCUGUCGGCCUGCACCCGAUGCAAGGAGGUAUACUACUGUAGCAAAGCCUGUAAGAUCAAGGCGUGGAAUGCUCGGCACAAGGAAGAGUGCAUCCGAAUAGGAGGACGUAGCAGUCGGAGCCCAAGUCCGAUAAGUAAGACAACUACUGGUGCAGCAGGCUCUGGGACCAAUGCAAACCAUGCACGUCCAUCCGACAACACUGCAGCUGCCAAUGUCAUGACAACAGGAAAGUGGAACCUGAAUGGCUCAGCUGGCAGGUCAGGAGGUCAAAAGCCCAUCAAAGGUCAAACAAGCUUAAGUGUCAAAGGUCAGGGUGGUAAGAGCCAACCUGGUGCAACCACUAAGGCUCAGGGGUCAAAGGGGCAGGAUACCAUCUUAGUGCUCAAGGGUGUUAAUAAAGGGCCAGGGGUCAAAGGUACACCAGCAGGGUCAGUGAGUGGAGGGAAAGGUGUGGUUGGAGGGGGAAGUUUGAGUUCCAAGACAAGCACAGGGGAUGAAUACAACAUAAAGAAGGACGUCACAGAGAAUUACAGCUUUAAUUGAAUUACUUCAGGAAAGAUUUCAGUUGAUCAUGUACAUUUUCUUUGCAGUGCUGAAUUCCAGAGGGCAGUCACAGGGCACUGUUUGCUUGGUUUUGUUGAAUUUUAGUCCAUACUUUGACAAAUCUGGAGACCUAAAGAGUAACUAGUUUAAGCAAACAGAGUAGCUAAGCAGUCCAACUUUGCAACAUACUGUAAUAUAAUACCAAUAUGUAAAAUAGUUCAUAUUUUUAUCUAUCUCUGAAACUGCAAUAUACACUUCAAUGCUAGAAUGGUUAGAAUGCUUUUUGUAAUAUGUUCACAGGAGCUUUUGAUUGGUUGUUUUUGUUUGUAAUUUGCACAGUUUUGGAGUUUUAAAGGAACAAGGUGUUUGUAGAUCUACUUUGAGAUAAUGUAAUCCAAGCAUUAUUCGAUUUGUAAUGAUUACAAUUACUGUCCUUGAACAAUUGGGAGAAAUGAAUAAGUUUUCCUGAGUGACAUCACUUUUUCCCAAAAUAAAAUGUAUAAGAAUAUUUUAA